AUGAAUAACCAAGGCAUUACCUAUACAGAACUCAAUCAGGUUAAGGGCUCAAAAAGACAUCAAAUGAAAGCUAAGGGCACUAAAAGUUCCAUUUCAGUAACUGAACAGGAAAUAAUCUAUGCAGAAUUAAAUCUUCAAAAUGCUUCUCAGGAUCUUCAAAGGAAGGACAAAAACUCUCACUGUAAAGGGAAACUCAUUGCUGGGAUCCUGGGAAUCAUCUGCCUUGUCUUGAUGUCCACUGUGGUCACAAUAGCUGUCAUUCCCUUUACUGAAGGACCAGAGCAGAACCAAACGUCUCUGGAAACAAGGACCCCAAAGGUCUGUGGCCAUUGUCCAAAAGAGUGGUUUACAUACUCCAACAAUUGCUAUUACAUUAGCACUGAAAGAAAAUCAUGGAAUUAGAGUUUGACGUCCUGUGCUUCUAACAACUCUAACCUGCUCUACGUAGAUAAAGAGGACAUGUAUUUGUUGAACUUCUUCACUCAUUCUUCAUGGAUUAGAGUCUCCCAGAGAAUCAAUAAUAAUUUAUCUGUGUGGCCAAAAGGCUCAACUUUCUUCUCCAAAACAUCAGCAGUAUCUUCAGAGAGUGACAAGAAUUGUUCAUAUUUCAACUUUGACUCAAACAUAUUUUGUCAUGAAUCCUGCUUAGAAUUAAAACCAUAUGUUUGUAAACACCAGACAUUUGUUACCUAA